AUGUUAAAGAGACUUCGAGUUGAUGGAAGAGCAAUUGCGAUUGGUAGAAGGACACUAUUUAGCAAUGUUGGGGCCAAACGUCACCAAGAGUAUGUUUUAGACAAGACUAUGUAUUGUAGUAGUCGUGAGGCUUAUAAUGUGAUUAGUGAAGUAUCGAGAUAUCACGAGUUUCUUCCGUAUUGCAAAGAAUCCUUUGUUCAAUUACGUGAUUCCAAUGAGGGACGACCAACUAAAGCGGGGCUUAGGAUUGGAUUUCAACAGUAUGACGAUAAAUUUGUUUGUGAUGUUCAAUGCAAUGAGGAUGCCAAGUCUGAUAAAUAUACAGUUGUAGCUGAGUCGAUAUCCCAUAAUUUAUUCUAUUUUUUGAGCUCACAGUGGACAAUUAGACCACAUACGAACCGUAAGAACUGUACAGAGAUACGGUUGUCGUUGAAAUACCAAUUCAAGUCAGCGUUAUACAACACAGUUUCUGGUAUAUUUGCCAAGAGUGCCACUACGUUGGUGAUGAAAGCGUUUGAGAAGAGGAUAUUUGACAUCAAGCGUGGUCGUGUCAGUAAUUAG